AUACCUCAGAAUUGAACAGCAGACAUCUUGUGACGAUAAAAGCUUUAGUUUUUUAGGCGUAACUAUAGGGUAGAAAAUGAGUUCUCAGAGUCAAAUUUCAGAGGAGGAUCUGCUGUGUCCUGUUUGCUAUGAUAUCUUCACUGAUCCUGUGCUUCAGUUAUGUAGUCACAGUGUCUGUAGAGCUUGUUUGGAAGAGUUCUGGAGCUCCAGAGGAUUUCAGGAAUGUCCAGUCUGCAGGAAAAGAUUGACAGGAUGUCAAACACCCACUAAUCUUGCUCUGCGGAACGUGUGCGAGUCGUUCUUACAGAAGAGAGGUUCAUCUGAGGUGUUCUGCGAUGUGCACGGAGAGAAACUCAAACUCUUCUGUCUGGAUGAUAAUCAUCCUGUGUGUCUGGUGUGCAGAGACUCAGAGAAACACCUGCAUCACACAUUCAGACCCGUUGAUGAAGUUGCCCCGCUUCUAAAGGAGGAAAUUAAGACUUCAUUGAAAAAGUUACAAGAAAAACUCAAGAGCUUUAAAGAAAUAAAACAAACAUGUGAUGAUGCAUCACACCACAUUAAGGCUCAGACUCAACAGACCAUGAGAUGCUUGCAGGAGGAGUUUGAGCGUCUUCAUCAGUUUCUGCGAGAUGAAGAGAUGAUCAGAAUAUCUGCACUGAUAGAGGAAGAGAAGCAGAAGAGUCAGAUGAUGAAGGAGAUGACUGAACAAAUAGACAGAGAGAUCGAAUCUCUUUCAAACAAUAUUGGAACCAUAGAAAACGAUUUAGACGCUGCUGACAUGCCCUUUCUACAAAACUUCAAGUUCUCAAAAGAACGAGCCCAGGUCACACUGAAGGAUCCAGUGAUGCCUGCGGGAGCCUUGAUGAAUGUGGGACAAUACUUGGGGAACCUGAAGUUUAAAGUCUGGAAGAAGAUGAUGCAGAUAGUUAAACUCACUCCUGUCACACUGGACCCCAACACUGCACAUCCUCUGCUGUUCCUGACCGAUGAUCUGACCCAGGUGAAAUCCAGUGCUGAUGGUCAACAGUAUCCAGACAAUCCAGAAAGAUUUGACUAUUAUCACUGUGUGCUGGAUUCUGAGGCCUUAAACUCUGGAACACACUUCUGGGAUGUGGAGGUCCAAAACAACACAUGCUGGUCCGUUGGAGUAACCACAGCAUCUAACCAGAGAAAAGGAGGCAUUUUCUUUGACACUGGAGCGUGGCGUGUGCGUUACAUGUCUGGUCAGUACACGUCACAGUCACCGUUCAUGCCCCCCAUGCAUUUAACUGUUGAAAAGUGGCUGAAGGUGAUCAGAGUGCAGCUGGACUGGCACGGAGGGAAGAUUUCAUUCUCUGAUCCUCUUACUAACACACGUCUGUGCACUUUCACCAGUACAUUUAAGAGAGCAAUCUAUCCGUUUCUCUAUAGCAGCUGUACAGAUUUCCCACUCAGAAUCUUACCCAUGGAACUUAGUAUCAAUGUGAAGCCUCUUCAUUGAAAGUGCGGGGGUUGGAGUUCACUUAUUCUAUUGUUUGUGUUUUCUGCUUUUGCAACACCAUUUGGAUGUUAAUUGUCCAUCAAAGUGAAAUGUAAAUUACUUUAAGCAUGUAGUAAAUACUAGAAAUUAGAAAUUCGUAACAAGUUUGCUGUUCUGGGUUUAGGCAAAUAUUUUGGAAUAUUUUAUGUGGCAAUACAGUGAUAAUACAUAAAAUAAAUGUGUGUCCUUCUGAGAAAACAGCAGUUGUAUUUAUUUGUAAAGGAUACAGCUGAAUUUGCAAGAAAUUGCAUUCUGCCUUCUAAAGGUUUCAGCCAAACCAAAUACUUCCAUUUACA